UGGUUUCUAUUCCCAUAGAUCUAUCCUUGCUAGCCGCGUGAGUUGAUGAAUGCCAUCUACCAUCUCAGUAAAGUGUAACAUACUAAGAGAAUACAUAGUCUACAUAAAUGACUGUUACAGAAAUUAUGAAUUCAUAACCGCACAUAUGCCAUGGAUAAAUAGUGAAAUCUAAAUUAAUUGCUAACAUCACAUUGCCAACAAUCAUUAGAUGGGUCAUUAUUUAUCUGUUCUUUCUAACAUUCAUUGUGUGCUUGGCUGGUUGCAUGAUUAUAAAUUGCUAAUGUGUAAGUGACAGGAGACUCAUUGCAAAAUGUAUAUUUAACUUUGUGAUGACACCGAUAAUACCAUGUUAACAACAAGCAGUAUUGUCCCACCUGGAAAAAAACAACAAGCAGUAUUGUGCGCAAGCACAAGACCACUUUGGGUCUAUAGUACGCAGUCUUUCCCUACAUUUCUGCAAGAGGCUGUUUUCAGGACUCGAACUCGUGACCUCAUGGUCACAAGGCAAAAGCUUUACCGCUGCGCCAAGGCUCCCCUUCUCAAAAACUCAAUAUUGUAAUAUAAACAUUUCACAAUGAAUCAAGUUUUUGGUAAAUCUCAUGCACCUCCAUGUUCCUCUCUUCCAUGACUUCUCACUCUGCAUUUGGGGUUUAAUUAAUCAGAUUUUUCAUGUUUGUUGAUUCAAGUGUCUUGCUUUCUGGUGUGGAUAGGUGCUUAUUUGUCAUUGGUGAUAUAUGGGAUAAGGAAACAUGUUACUUGGUACAAGGUCUUUUUAAGGGCAGUGUUGGAAGUAAAAUCAUCACCACAACUCGUGAUCUCAAUAUUGCUAAAGGAGUUGGUGGCGCGGUGUACACAAUGAAACCACUCUGCCCCGCUGACUCCAAAAGGUUAUUUUGGGCCAAAGCUGGGCCUGCAAGCCAUCAUGCUGAAUUGGACAUAGUGGCACAUAAAAUUUUGCGUAAAUGUGGUGGUGUUCCAAUAGCUAUCACUAUGAUAGGCAGCUUGCUUAAUAAAGAACAAAGCAAGGAGUGGCAUAGGGUGUAUGAGUCUAUUGGUUUUGAUGGGCACAAGGAGUUUGAGCACAUAAAGUUGGUGUUUGCUCAUAGCUAUUAUGCUCUACCCUAUAACAUCAAGAAAUGCUUUUUGUACCUAGGCCUGUUCCGAAAAGACCAAUACAUCGAGAAGAAUAUGUUGAUAUGGAGGUGGGUAGCAGAAGGCCUUGUUUCUGAUGGGUUAUUUGAAACUGGGGAGAACUAUUUCAAUGAGCUACUGGAUAGGGGCAUGAUCCAGUGGGCGGUGAGCCCUGGUGACGUCGGCCAAGGUGGUUGCCGGGUCCAAGAUUUGAUGCUUGACCUCAUCCACGAUCUGUCAAGCAGCGAGAAUUUUUCCACUCUGCUAGGCAUGAAGCAACAGUGCGCAUCUCGAACCGGACCCAUUCAUAGAUUAGCCAUCCACAAGGGCCAAGAUCAAAACACUAGGCUGGAAGUGGGGGAGGUGCUGUCGUUCUAUGCAGCAUGUGCCCCGGCAGUAGCUUACCACCACUCCAAAGGUUUAAACAGCUGCGUGUAAUAGAUCUGGAGGCUUGUGAUUUAUCCGUCAGAGGUUGCAAACUGAAGGACCUCCGUAAACUGAAAGGGCUGAAGUAUGUUGGGCUUGUGGGCACACCCGUAGCCGAGCUCCCAAGGGAAAUAGGAGGCCUCGAGCUCCUACAGACGCUCGACGUGACGGCAACCGGCAUCAGAGAGCUGCCACCGGUCGUCGGAGAGCUAAGGAAGCUGAGGUGCCUGCGUGCUGGCAAGGGCACAAGGAUGAUGGGCUGGAUAUAGGGGGCCUGAUGUACCUGGAAGAGCUCUGGCUGCACUCGACGGACAAGUCCCCGGACUUCGCCGCCGAGCUCCGGAAGCUGAGAGAGAUGCGGGUGCUGGUAAUCCACUUUGAUGAGAUGGAUGAGGGCACGCAGAAGGUGCUGGUGGCGUCCCUGCUUAAACUGAAGAAGCUCCAGGUCCUACAGGUCUGUUGCGACGCAGACGAGAAGGUCCGCCUGGGCAGCUGGGAAGCCAGCAUGCGCUCCCCGCAGCUCCGCCAGCUGUUGCUCUUUGGGAUCAUCCUACCCAGGCUGAUGCCAUGGAUCCACCACUCACGUGUCCCGAGACUCUCCAAGCUGCUGCUUCAGGUGGAGGUCCUGAACACGCACGACCUGGAGAUCCUCGGGCAGAUGCCGUUGCUCAGCUCUCUCUGCCUCCACAGUGAGGACAACGGCCUGUCGUACACCGCCGGCUGGGACGAAUUCAAGGUGUUGGAACACCUCAACACGAACAUAGAGCUGAUAUGCGGAUUCGGAGCGCUUCCAAGCAUCCAGGAGCUGGAGGUUGGCACCUCAUCCAGGACGGAGACGGACGUUGGCCUGCGGGGGAACAUGCCCUAACUCGAGAAGGCCACCUACAACCUCGACUGCAGUGACUGCGGCCCGUGGAGGUGCACAAGGCAGAGAAAGCACUGAGGCGGGCGAGCCGACGCCAUCCCAACAGGCCAGUCCUCACCAUAAAGAGAUGGAACGACGACUUAUGUUCCUCUUCAUUUCAGGGAAACAGCUGCAAUAAUUCUGAAUGCGAAAGCCAAGUCUCUACCGACAGUGUAGAGUCACCACCUCAGGACUACAGCGACGACAGUGUACUCUCCUUGCUUAACAGCCCGGAUGGAGCCUCUCUUUUGUCAGAGGAAGCAGCCAAGUUAACAGUUGAUCCUCUUCUGUCCGGUGGCUAUGACCACAUCCCCCAAGCUGGCUACCUAGAUUGCAGCACACACACAACCACUGGAGAAAGGUCACACUGUGAAGCCAUGGAACCAAUAAGUCUGACGAUGAUUUUACUACAAAAAUUCACAAAUAAUUUCUCCGAGGAGCGACUACUUGGUCAAGGUGCAUAUGGAAAAGUUUAUAGGGGUGUGCGUCAUGACGGACAAGAGAUUGCUGUGAAGCUGCUCUAUGAUAACAUGCAAACAGUUAGUGAUGAACAAUUUCUUCAUGAGUUUCAAAACCUUAUAAUGCUAAAGCAUCCAAACAUUGUACGGUUAGUUGGCUACUGCUAUGAUACACAGCGUCAACAUAUGGACUUUCAAGGAAGAAUUGUUUUUGGUGAAACGACACAAAAAGCACUUUGCUUCGAGUAUAUGCCUAAGGGAAGCCUCCGAAAGCAUCUGUCUGAUGAAUGUAAAGGACUUGAUUGGCAGGCGCGUUACAAAAUUAUCAAAGGGUCUUGUGAAGGUUUAAAAUACCUUCAUAAAGGAUUGGAAAAACCAUUUUACCAUUUGGACCUAAAACCAGACAAUAUACUUCUAGAUGAAAACAUGGCCCCAAAACUUGCAGAUUUUGGUUUGUCCAAGUUCUACAGCGAAGAACCGACCAAGGUGACAAAAGGCGCUGUUGGGACUAUUGGAUACAUGCCACAUGAAUAUUUAUUUGGAAACGUGGUCUCAAACAAACUAGACAUAUUCAGCUUGGGUGUUGUAAUGAUCAAGAUAAUUGCAGGGCCUAGUGGCCACACCAGACAUGCUGAAAUGCAUUACCAAGAGUUUUUUGAUCUAGUUCUAGGAAAUUGGAGAAAAAGGUUGAAAGAAAUAUGGAGUUCUCCCGAGCCACUAGAAGCACAAUGCCGGCAAGUGAAAAUAUGCACUGAGAUUGCACUGAGCUGCAUGGAGAUAGAUAGGCACAAAAGGCCAAGUAUAGUGGAUAUCUUACAUGAACUUAACAGGACUGAAAUUUUUAUUGGAAAGGUUACUUAUUAUGAACAAGAUCCAUCACUGCCACUUGCUUCCACUUCAAAUGGUGUUCAACCUGCAGCAUCACCUCCAUCUUCAACAUCUUCUCCAUCACGUUCUCCAACACCAUCUGCCAUAGCCAUCGGAUCUGACUUUCUGGCGCAAGACCGUGAUGAAAUCAAUAUAGCAUGGGGUGCUAAAGAUCAAUUCCCGGAAAUAUGCAAAGAGAGGUAUUAAUAAUCCUAGUUGCCAUAGCAAUCAGCGCAUUCUUCUAGAAACUAAGUGUUUUCUUAUCAUUUGUGGUCAUGGUCAUGUAGGUGACAGGUGUGGGAGAGAAAGAGGAAGCAUUCUAAAUGAAAGUUUUCAUUACCACCAGACUCUACAUCACACGACAAUGGUUGCUCUCGCAUUGCCUCCCAAUGGAUGUGGCCAUUUCUUCCCUUGCUGCAGCAGGAACAUGAUAUAAUUCAGUGAUUGGUCAAAGGGCUGGCGAAAUGAGCAGAAAGGGGGACGUCACCUGUAGCACCAAAUGAAAUUCAGAAUUACUUUACCCCCCGGUAUUACCACGAAAUGAAGCAGCCGUCGUGCCGUGGGGAAUUGGACCUACACCCGCCUUUCCGCCCGCCUACGCCGACGUGGGGAACGACGGGGACGCGCCGACACGCGACCCACGUGCUCCUCCUCCUCUCACCGCCGGUGGUCGCCGCUGACCUCGAACUCACCAUGCACCCCGCGCGCAGUGGAGAGCCCCUGCCGCCGUAAGGAGAGUGCCGCCGCAUCUACAUCUUCAUGGGAGAGUUGCGGCGGAGCAAGCUGCAUGCCGGUCGGCGUGGGGUUGGGGGUGGGGACUGGGGAGACAAGAGAACAGAGCUUUUUUUUUUAGGGUAAGAGAACAGAGCUCGGCGGGCUCGGCAGUGUGUACAGGCCGUCCAUAAGUCGUGAAUCCAGGCCGACAUGAAUCCCGGCCCAGGCCCUUCGAGUGCCGGCCCAUGUAUUGUACUUUAGUUUGUCGGGCCUCAUGUAUUAACAGCAUCAGUUUUGCUAAAGCAUGUCUAGAUGUGCUAUAAAUAUUUCACAUCAGUUUUGCUAAA